AGCCCCCGCAGCCCCCGAGCCGGGCAGCUGCCCUCGCCCGCCCGGGCUGCAGCACGAACCGCGGCCGCGGCAGCAGCAGCAGCAACAGGGAGCUGGCUCCCAGCCUGCGCCGCCCCGCCGCCCCUGCUGCUGCUGCUGCUCCUUCCUCCUCCUCCUCCUCCUCCCUCCUUCCCCCCUCCGCGUCCCCUCCCCUUCCCACACCCCCCACAGCGAACUUAGUCAGCGGUUCGCGCCGCCCGAAGCCCAUUGGCCGCUGGAACGCGUCGCGUCACAAUGGAGCCGGCUGGAGGCGGUGAGCCGGGCUGCGCUGGGGCUUCCCACUGAGCCACGGGGAACCGGGGAAAGUGCCGGGCGCAGGGCUCGCCGCCUGCCCGCCCGAUCUCUAGCCUGCCUGCCUGCCCGCCCGCCGGCCCCGGAGCGGGCGGCCGCGGCUCAGCGGCGCGGCUCGGGGCCGGAGCCCUCCCAGGCUCGCAGGAAUUCCUCCAGCAGAAACUGUAAUUGCUGAGUUCUAGUUGACCGGCAUUCAAAGGAAUGAAGACCAAGGCAGAGAUGGUGUGCCUAAGAAACUUCAAAAGGUGUAGACCUCCUGACUGAAGAGUAGUCCACCUGCUUUUCUCCCUUUUACCAUUGUAUUGCUGUCUCCUUCCAAGCGAACGCCAUGCUCUCACUAUCAGAGCUCAAAUACAUAGCAGACGCCCAGUGCUCGUAUCACAUAUUGAAACCCUGGUGGGACGUCUUCUGGUACUAUCUCACCCUGAUUAUGUUGCUGGUUGCGGUGUUGUCUGGAGCCCUUCAGCUUGCUGAUACCAAAAUCUUGUGCUGUCUUCCUUGCAAAGUAGAAUUCAACAAUCAUUGUGUAGUGCCUUUGGAUAUGCUCAAACUCAACAGCACCCCCUCGAGCUCCCUGUCCCAAGUGUCGCCGCCAAUCCGGAUCCAGAAUGACCUUCACAAGCAGCAGUACUCCUACAUUGAUGCGGUGUGCUACGAGAAGCAGCUCCAUUGGUUCGCCAAGUUUUUCCCUUACCUGGUGCUCCUGCACACCCUCAUUUUUGCUGCGUGCAGUAAUUUCUGGCUUCACUACCCCAGCACCAGUUCCAGAAUUGAGCAUUUUGUCUCCAUCCUUCAUAAGUGCUUUGAUUCUCCUUGGACCACUCGCGCCCUUUCAGAAACGGUAGCUGAACAGUCUGUGAGGGUCCCCCUCAGAAAGUCCAGAGGCCUCUUUUCACCCUCUGGCUUAUCUACAAAUGUGGAUACUAGCAAGCAGCCAUUACUCGUUGGGCAGGCAAGCAUGGAGUCAGGUCUCGAAAGCCCAACCUCCAGUGUCCUGGACAAAAAAGAAGGGGAACAAGCAAAAGCCAUUUUUGAAAAAGUGAAAAGAUUCAGAUUGCACGUGGAACAGAAGGACGUCAUCUAUAGAGUGUACAUGAGGCAGAUCAUAAUCAAAGUCAUUUUAUUCAUCAUUAUCAUAGCUUAUGUCCCAUAUUUUUUGACCUAUAUCACCCUAGAAAUUGACUGCCUCAUUGACAUGCAGGCCUUCACGGGUUAUAAACGCUACCACUGCGUCUAUGCCUUAGCAGAGAUAUUUCAGGUACUCGCUUCCUUUUAUGUGAUCAUGGUCCUAUUCUACGGUCUCACUUCUUCAUACAGCUUGUGGUGGAUGCUGAGGAGUUCCCUUAAGGAAUACUCCUUUGAGGCAUUGAGAGAGAAAAGUAACUACAGUGACAUCCCCGAUGUCAAGAAUGACUUUGCAUUCAUCCUUCACCUCGCAGACCAGUACGAUCCGCUGUACUCCAAGCGCUUCUCCAUAUUUCUCUCGGAGGUGAGUGAGAACAAGCUGAAACAGAUUAACCUCAAUAAUGAAUGGACAGUGGAGAAGCUAAAAAACAAACUGGUGAGGAACUCCCAGGACAAGGUAGAACUCCAUCUCUUCAUGCUGAGUGGGCUCCCUGAUAAUGUCUUUGAGCUGACUGAGAUAGAGGUGCUCACCCUGGAGCUGAUCCCUGAGGUCAAGCUGCCCCCCUCCAUCUCUACACUAGUCAACCUCAAAGAGCUGAAUAUUUACCAUUCCUCCCUCCUGGUUGACCGCCCUGCACUGAACUUCCUGGAAGAGAAUUUGAAAAUACUGCGCCUGAAAUUUACAGAAAGGGGGAAGAUUCCCCGCUGGAUAUUUCACCUUAAAAACCUCAAGGAACUUUAUUUGUCCGGCUACAUAAUAUCUGACACCUUGAGCACAUUGAGUCCUGUGCAGGGCCCUGCCCAGGGUUUUCAGGAUCUCAAGAACCUGAGGACACUUUACUUAAAGAGUACUCUGUCCCGGAUCCCCCAGGUGAUCACCGAUACAUUGCCUGCCCUGCAGAAGUUGUCCCUUGAUAACGAGGGAAACAAGCUGGUGGUGUUGAAUAAUUUGAAAAAGAUGAUAAAUCUGAAAAGCCUGGAACUCAUCAACUGUGACUUAGAGCGCAUUCCUCACUCCAUCUUCAGCCUCAUCCAUCUGCAUGAAUUAAACUUAAAAGAAAACAACCUCAAAACCAUUGAAGAGAUUAUCAGCUUCCAACAUCUCCAGAACCUUUCCUGCUUAAAGUUGUGGCACAACCGCAUUGCCUACAUUCCCGCCCAGAUCGGCACCCUCUCCAACCUGGAGCAGCUGUACCUGGACCACAACAAGAUCGAGAAUAUGCCCCUGCAGCUCUUCCUCUGCACCAAACUGACCCACCUCGAUCUCAGCUACAACAACCUCACCUUCAUUCCUGAGGAGAUCCAGUUUCUGACGAACCUGCUGUAUUUUGCGGUGACAAACAACUACAUUGAGACGCUGCCAAAUGGAUUGUUUCAGUGCAAAAAGCUGCAGACCUUACUCUUGGGGAGGAAUAGCUUGAUGACUCUUCCCCCCCUCAUCGGGGAGUUGACGAACCUGGUGCAGUUAGAGCUCGUUGGAAACCACCUGGAGGUCCUCCCUCCAGAGCUGGAAGCAUGCCCAUCGCUGAAGCGGAGCUGUGUGCUUGUGGAAGAAAACCUGCUGAACACCCUGUCUCCUCCCACCACAGAACGGCUGCAGACGUGCUUGGAUAAAUGUUGAACCAAGGAAGGAGAUGCACUGUGUCUCAAAAUAAUAAUGAAAAAGAAAUAUUCCUUGGGACUUUGAAUGAAAAGUUGUUUUUAAAAAAAUAAAAUCCAUUUUUUUAAGUUGAAAAGAGGAAAAACUGAUAGGGAGGAUCUAUACAUCAGACAUAUAUACACAAUGCCUCAGCUAGCCCUAAGCCCCAUGGGUAGAAAAAUAACACUGAAGAGUAUGUGCUUUCUGGGAGUAAUCACCCUUUAACUUACUGAGCUGCUCCAUGCAGGAUAGGUCCAUAGUGAUGUGGGGAGAGGCAGCCACCGAAACCAUUCCCAACUUGUCUUUGGAACUGGAAGAGUUGAGUGGUGCUCUUCCCCUUCCCUUCCCAAUUAGCUAUCUGAGAUCUCUGGUUUUAAAAUGGCUUUCACUCCCUUUUGACAUUUAAGACCAAGAUCAUCAAGACAAGUGUCUGGGAAUACCCUCCCCACCAACUUUGAUUAAUGUUCUUAAAACAUAUUACCCUGGAUGCGUUGUUGAAGAGGUGCAUUUUUUUCCUCCUCUUAACACUAACUUGGUUGAGUCUUCCUUACUCUUCACUGCAGGAGGAAAUAAGAGAGGAACGCUGACAAAUCUCCUGCCUUAGGCCAUUGCACAAACUCUAGAACAGGGUAUUUGGGAGAGGUGAAAAACUUGCAUGCUCUUUAAAAAUCUUCUUCCCAUUUUUCCCCAAAGCCCCAUUUUAAAAAUUCACCCCAAAGUUUUCUAUUCAUGGAAUGUAUGACGUACAAUUGUUUUAUAUCAUGUAACUGGGGACUCUGAAUCCAAAGAGGUUCGUUUUUCUAAGGUACAGAGGAUCUAGGGAAAUCACCUAUUUAAGCACCUGUUAGUAACGUAGUUCCUGUUUUUGCUUCUUUAUUAGGAUUCUCAGGUCGGUCUUGUGUUCAGUUCGCCAGUGUUUUACUUGUCUGUAAUCAAUUGCUUUCAUUUGCUGCUGUAGGUAGGAGCAUGGCUUGUCUUUCAUCAGGGGAGAGGGGGACCCCUGGUGUACUUACUUAGUGACUUUUGCAUUUGAGAAGAGAUCCUCAAAGUCUACCUCUUUUCUCCCCAGUUGCUGAACUAUUGUACGGGUACAAAUUCUUAUUUAUUUGCAAAAAAUAAUACGAAACAAAAAAACUCGGGGAAAGGGGAUAAGGGAGGUACAAAAUUGAGCUUGUUAAUCUUAAUUAAAUGCUUACAGAAAAUUAGUAACUGUUAACUCAAAACAUCCAAUUUUUCCAUUUGCAUGAUCUGUAGUUAGUGACAUAGCAAAAAUUUUCUGCCAUAUCCUGAUAUUUGCUCACGAGUUCUCAAAAUUGCAAAUAUGUCACUUAAACGCAAAUUUAUCUUACAUUUUUAUCUAGUUCUUUAAGAUUAUAUCUGCUUCUUAUAAAGAACUUUGUGUUUUGCCUUCUGUUGUAUGCAACAUUGCAAAAAUAAAUAAUAAAAUUGAUAGGCGCACUUUCAGGAAGUA